AGUCAGUCAGCUGCCGGGCGAGAGAGAGGCCGGACCUGCAAACUAGGAGCUGGUGGGAACACGUGGAACUGUGAAGCUGCGUGUGAGUGUUCACAACAGGACCAGCGAAAGACUUUUACAGGCUUACAGUCAGAGAUAUCGUCCAGACAUGUACCAACCAAUCUUGGUGGGACUCUCAGUGCUGCUCUGCUCUCCACUCUUGGCAAAUAGUGGUAAAGUCCUGGUGUUCCCCUUUGAUGGAAGCCACUGGAUUAACAUGAAGGUCCUUAUUGAUGAGCUUCACUCCAGAGGCAAUGAAGUUACAGUCAUUAGGCCGUCAGACAGCUGGUACAUCAAGCCAGAUUCCGCUCAGUACAAGUCCAUCACUGUAAACUCCUCUGGUGGUUUUGAGGAUGGCUUUGGGUCAUUUGCAACCACACUGAUGAACAUGCUGCGGGAAGGAGCUUCCAUUUGGGCUCGUUUAUCUCUGGAGUAUGAAGUGGUGCAAGUUUUUUAUCAGCUUCAUGCAAAACAGCUUCAAUUCGUGGAGGACAUGUUUGAGGAUACCAAACUGAUGCAGAGCCUCCGUGAUGCUAAAUAUGAUCUGGUUCUGACGGACCCUGUGUCUGGUGUUGGGGUGUUUAUGGCUCACCGUUUGGGUCUUCCACUUGUCUUAAAUGUGAGAUGGACUGUUCACUGUGAAGGGCAUCCUGUAAUCGCACCUUCCCCAUUGUCAUAUUGCCCAAUACCAGUGACAGAGCUGACCGACAAGAUGACAUUUCCCCAGCGGGUCAAAAACGUACUUUACUAUUUCUUCUUAAGUUGGCAAAUUUGGUAUUCCAUAGAACCAAACUAUAAACCAUUUGUCCAUCGUCACUUUGGGGAUGAUGUACAUUACAUUGAGCUGUUUCAGGCGGCAGACAUCUGGCUGAUGAGGAAUGAUUUUACCUUUGAGUUCCCAAGACCCACAAUGCCAAACAUUGUCUACAUGGCAGGAUUUCAGUGCAAACCCUCCAAGCCCCUGUCUAAAGAACUAGAGGACUUUGUCCAGAGCUCUGGUGAACAUGGCAUCAUUGUCAUGACAUUUGGAACCCUAGUGGAAGAAAUUCCUGAGGACAUUGCUGAGGACAUUGCAGCAGCUUUUGCCCAACUUCCUCAGAAGGUAUUAUGGAGGCACAAAGGCAAAAGACCGUCCACCCUCGGCAACAACACCUUACUCUUGGACUGGCUGCCUCAAAAUGACCUCCUGGGACACUCCAAGACCAGACUGUUUGUGGCCCAUGGAGGCACCAACGGAGUACAGGAGGCCAUCUACCACGGUGUGCCUCUGGUCGGCCUGCCCCUCAUGUUCGACCAGCAUGACAACUUCUUCAGGGUGAAAGUAAGAGGUGUCGCCAAAGUCCUAGACAUUGCAACUAUGAACAAAGACAACUUCCUGGAAGCGCUGAAGGAGGUACUCUAUGACCCGACCUACAGGGAGAAGAUGAAGGCGCUGUCCGACCUGCACAGAGACCAGCCCACGAAACCACUGGACCGGGCCAUGUUCUGGAUCGAGUUUGUCAUGAGGCACAAAGGAGCAGCGCAUCUCAGGACAGAGUCUUACAAGAUGUCCAAGAUCCAGUACUACUCCAUUGAUGUAUUGGUGUUUCUGCUGGCAGUUAUUUUACUCAUGUUUACGUUUUUCAUUUCUGCUGUUAAGUUUUUGUGGUGCAGAGUGUUUUCCAGACGCAAAGUCAAAAAGGAAUGAUGAAUGUUGUUUUGUUACAUGUUCUGGAUCCUGAUUUCUUGUUCAGAAGACCAUUAUAUUUGCAAAUUGCUGUUGAUGAUUUUCAGUGAGGGUGUAUGUUAUUAUGUUAAUCAUUACACAAAAUCAUGUUUAGUGACUUUACACUGACUUACAAAUACAACCCCAAGCUUUAAAUAAAAUCUAAUAAAAUGAUUUGUUAAAGUUUUUUUAAAAUAAACAUAUAUAUCUACAUACAAAUAUGUUCUUGUGCAUUGCAUUUUGAACAAAAUAUUG